CAAUCUACAUAAGCUAAUUGAUUUUUAUGAAGAUCUAACACACGGUGUUGCAAAAAACUGUUUUUUUUUUCGUUUUCGAUUUUUGCCCAUUCUCUGUCCAACCUUAAGUACUAGUUUUGUACCCCUUUGUUGUUUACAGUGACUUUCGUGUUAAGUUCGACUUUUAGGCAAUAAUGGCACUUAUUCUGACUUAUUUUAUGACAUUCCAUUUGUUUUACAAAGCAUAUCAAGAUUUCAGCGCCCCAUAUGAUUGGCGCCUUUGGCGGGGGUCAACCGCACCCUAGGGCCUGGUUGCAAUACUUAUCGAAGCGAUUCCAAACUUUUGACGGGUAGUGUAGUUAAAAUGAUAGGGCCUACUACUUUCUCGAAUACACCAUAUUUCUAUCAAGCUUUAUUGAAAAGUUGAUAACAGCGCAGACUAGAAUUGCGAACUUAAGAGAAGAGACGACAACAGGCUUCUUGCUCUUCUUAAUUUUAUCUACCAGGCCCUGUCUUAAUUCCAAAGACAACAAGCAUCCAUCGUUGCCAGAUUGAAAAUAAUUGUACCUCAAAUAUCAACCCUCUGUCAAGAAUUCACAAUACUAGCUGCAUUUAAAAAUUGAAUUUUAUGUUUAUUCGUGUUUCUCUUAACAAUACACGUAGUUAUUCGUCAUUCAGGGUAUUUAUUCAAUUUGCAUGAAAUGUUCAUGUGUAUGAAAAGUAGCCAAAAUAAAUUCAGCAGCACUGUUUUUCAUCCCGUUUAAAAAUAUUAUGAACGCUCUUGACUGGCAAAACGACCAAUCAAAAGCUGGUUCAAUAUUGAGGUUAGGACUGGAUCAAAUUGGCUACGCGAUUGUCUUCUCUUCUCUUAGUUGCGAACUAGUAUGAUGAAACCAAAUAAAGCGCUAGGUGCCAUACAGAAACUUUUCCGAAGACACCAUAAGUCCAUAACGAUACCAGGUUUUUUUUCAUUUACCGAUCCGUUUUUCUCUAGAUCCCAUAUUUCGCGGUCAACUUUCAAUGUAGAAACAUGACACUUUCACUGGAAUUUUCGAAAAAAUGCGCGAAGCAUUAUUCAUUCGUGCAGGAAAUAUAUAUUAGAUAGAAAAUAGCCAUAAUUGGUGCUAGUUACAGACGAGAUGCAAUCGAAACAACAAAAAAAACAAAUUUAUCUAAGAAACGCGAGUUUAGUUGCACCACAUGUACCAAAGGGUGAUGCUUAGGUGCAUAAAAACGUCGAAUGUAGUCUUGUUCCCAGAAAUGCCAGAAUCGAAAUUCUUUAACUUUUUUAUGGUUGGGAAGUUGUCGAGUACCGACCAAAGUCAUACAAGGUGGUCAUUCCUGUUCGCGAAAAAUGUCGUACGUUUGGAUGGGCACGUUGAAACUAGCCUUGAUAAUUAGUGGUACCUGUAUGGUCAUCAAAAGGAACUCUUACAGUCGAAGAAGUGUACAAAGACCGCGACCAGUUCGCCGCACUGGUUCGCGAGGUCGCAGCACCUGAUGUUGGCCGCAUGGGCAUCGAAAUCCUGUCGUUCACCAUCAAAGACGUGUACGACGAUGUGCAGUAUUUGCAGUCAUUGGGCAAGGCACAGACGGCCAACGUCAAACGGGACGCAGACGCCGGUGUGGCUGAAGCUAACAGAGAUGCUGGAAUCCGGGAGGCUGAAUGCGAAAAAAGUGCAAUGGAUGUUAAGUAUUCUACGGAUACAAAAAUUGAGGACAAUGCCCGAAUGUACAAACUUCAGAAGGCAAAUUUUGACCAAGAAAUCAACACUGCGAAAGCUGAAUCCCAGCUUGCAUAUGAACUGCAGGCAGCUAAAAUUCGUCAGAGGAUUCGUAACGAAGAAAUUCAGAUCGAUAUCGUUGAACGCCGUAAACAGAUUGAGAUCGAGACACAGGAGAUCGCGCGAAAAGAUUGUGAACUUUCGGCCACGGUGAAGCUUCCGGCAGAAGCGGAAAGCUACCGUGUUCAGAUGAUUGCAGAAGGUAAACGCACUCAAACGGUCGCUGUUGCGCAGGCUGAAGCAGAACGAAUCAAGAAAAUCGGUGCUGCCGAAGCACACGCAAUCGAAAUGAUAGGCAAGGCGGAAGCCGAGCGGAUGCGAAUGAAAGCCAAUGUUUACAAACAGUACGGAGAUGCUGCCAUUAUGAAUAUAGUUCUCGAGUCACUGCCAAAGAUCGCCGCCGAAAUAGCAGCUCCACUAGCGAAAACCGAUGAGAUUGUGCUGAUCGGAGGUAACGACAACACCACCGCCGAUGUGACGCGUCUCGUCGGUCAACUUCCACCAGCAAUCAACGCCCUCACUGGAGUGGACCUGUCCAAGGUCUUAGGUAAAAUUCCCGGAGCAAAAGCAUAAUAAACCCGAACCCAUAACGAAAUCGAACGACCGUUGAGCCAGAAGAUGUUCUAGCGAAUCCUUUGAAUGACCUUAUUUAAUUGUGAUGUUUUUACAUUUUAGCACAGUUUUUUUGUUAGGAUUUUUCGUUUCUUACUAGAAGAAUAUGAUGCCACAUUUUUGGCUCCAUUAUUUUAAAUUAUUCUCCGAAACAAUACCACGCUUAACCCUUCGCAUCAUCCUAAAUUUAAAGUUCAAUAAUUAAACAUUACCACAUAUCUGGACAAUUUGAGUCAAUCAGUACAUUCUAUCAAAUCUAUCAGAUUAUUAAGCAUUAAACUCAACGGUCCAUAAAAUAUACCUUAUUUGAUGAAACCCAGUUGCACUCACAACCCUAUGCGCCCAGUCAGACGGAAAUGACGGAGAUUCAAUUAUUAUCCUCUGGUCUUACAGUUGUGGUGGAAACUAAAAAAACGAAACGUUUCCAUUUACGAAUAGUUUUAUCAAGUCAAUGUGUUUGGAAACUAGAAUCGAAAUAAUACUGCCACUGUAUAGAACAGAAAGUAUGAAAGGCCAAUUGUAUGAUUUUAGAUUGUAGUUCGACCUUAUGUUUCGAUUUUUUGUAUGAAUAUUAAUGUUGUUGACUAUUUCUGUCCGAAGUUUAUUCAGAAUACAUAAUUUCUAUUGAUAUCUAUAUAUAAUAUGUUUAUGGUUUACUGAAGGUCUAAUAUGGCAACAUGUAAAAUAGUUUACUAUCUAAAAUUAAUAACUUGUCAAUAAUUUAACAUUGCUAGUGGGACAGCUAUGCGUAUCAGGGCGAUAUAGCCAUCUUUGUGACCGUUGGGGAUUCUGAAUCAUGACCGAAUCUAGUUUGAAUUUCCGGAUUACUCAAGCUGGUUGGACUGCAGAUGAACGUGACAAGUCAAUCCGAAAGACUAGUUUGGAAUAGUGUAUUCUUUUUACAGCCUUGGGGGAUAAAAUUCGGACGAAAUAUGCAGAUGGUGCAUGAUCUGUAAAAUCACCAGUGCUUAUCAAUGUUGAAGAAAUGCGAAUUUUGAAGUGGAUAGCUAGUCGCAUUUUCUAGAAAGCGUAAACUAGUGCUACUACACCUUCUAUUGAUGUCUAUUUUUAUAGAUCAAAUUUCAACAUUCGAAAUCGUAAGUAAUCGCAUGUCAACAUUCUCGUGGUAGGGUUCGACUCUAAAGGGGGCACAGUGGGGCAGGAUGCUACUUUCACUUAACAAAAUUUCUAGCGUCUGCUUAUGUAUCCUGGAGAUUUUGUGUUUUCGGGAAGGUAUAUUGGAUAAAAUUCAGCAUUUUGUUGAGAACUUCUUCUUGUUCUAAAUAAGCAAAAACUGAUCUAGAUCAUCUCUAUCCUAGCAUACUAGCAAAAAAAUCUUUUGGAAAGCCGUUCGUUUUGGCAUCUUCGACAUAAGAUUGGAAGGUGUUUAUUCUCUAUAAUCUUUGCAGAUGGCGCUAUAUGGCAUCAUAUGAAGCAUACUCCUAUAAACUAUAAUUUCAUGUAAACAUUUCUGUAAAAGUAUAUUUUAUCGCCAAAUCUUUAUAAAUAUACAAUUGAAAAGCCAGUCGAAAGGAGUUACUCGUUAUAUUUGGAUAUUUUCAGGAAUCAGAAUAUAUUGGCUCAAUUGGCACGUUUCUCAUAUUAUUCGGAGAUUUGAACCUUGGCUUGUCGUCUCAACACUUUCCUGAUGGGAAGGGAAAGGGAGGCGAAAGAAGAAAGGUAAAUAAAUGGAAAAUGACUACACAAUACAAUCGCAACACAAAACAAUAAACAUCCUAGAUUUUUCAAUCUCGGAGGAAUAGUUAAUCCUACUGAUAAAGCCGAUAGCUCUUUACCACUCUGGUUUGGGAACAAUAGCAUAUCCUUGAGUUGAGCCCCUGUACAUAGGUUCAUCUAUGUGUUGAAAACCAAAAAUCCGUAUACGCAAUGCAUUACUGCAGGGCGUAUCAAAUGAUAUGAAGUUCCGUAACCGGAUUCACAAAGAUCACACGAUAUAACUCAGCACACUGAAUAGUAGACAUGUAAUCAUUUAGAAUGUGAUAAUUGAGUUUGCAAUGUCCAGUCAGUGCCCUGACUAGAACACUGCCAUUGUUCUUGAAAAAAUACAGCAAAUUCUGAAGCUUUUGUUUGAAGUUUGCAAGCUACGCCAAUGGUUGGCAUGUUAGGAUGCAGCCCAAGAGCGAAUCUCGUGCUUUAUCCAACUUAUCGUCAGUGGUAAAACUGAUUCUGCACCAACGAAGUCAGUUACAGCGCCCGUUCUAGCCAAUUCGUCCACCCAAUCAACUAAGUGCUUUUAGGGCCAGCCUAUCAGAGCUAAAAUAUUUUUUCGCAGCAAAUUCCCUUUCGAAGUGCCGAUUGUACGCCACAUAGAAUCGCGAAGAUUUCUGCUUGGAAUACGGUACAGUAUCUACCAAGCGAAUAGGAUUGGUCUAAUCUCAUUUCACGACAAAACACACCAACAUAGGCUCGGCGGCCCUCCUCAAACAGAGAGAGAGAGAACCAUCAGUGUAACAAGCUAUUCUUCAAAUUGUCCCUUCAUACAGCCAGGCAGUCAUUUCCCGAGGAAAGGAAUUCUCACAUUGAAAGUUUUCAAAGGAAAACUACGUCUGAGUGUAAGGUCACUGCGAACAAGUAUAUACUCAUCUCAAGUAACUAUUUGGGGCCCAGAAUCUAGUAACUUCAAGACGGUAUACACAUGAAAGUGCUUCUUGUUUCGGAAACACAUAUAAUGGUUUUAUGUUCAAGAGAGCCUCUAGAGCAGCUAUAAUUGUUGUUUUGAACACAGCAAUCAUCACCAUCAAGAUCAUCCAUGGAAGAUGGUUUAACUUUAAUUGAAUUAUAGUGACUUCUUCCUUCUGCCACCAUUGCCAGUAUUUGUCUAACAAUUUUGUAGACUUGGCUUUGAGUCCCCAAGAUUUGCCGAAAGCCUGUCAUCAUUUGCCAAAGGCCACGUUAGCUUUCGUGAGUAUGAAAUCCAGGUGAGCUGAACAAUUUAGACCAAUUUUAGAGCAAUAUUUUUAAGUAAAGAAUUACCUCAGCGUAUUCAAUUUGAUCGGCGAAAAAAUUUUCAGGGUCGAAGAACUGCAACGGACGAGCUCCAGUUGCAAUCCUUCGUUGUGCGAAAACCAUCAUUGUUGUUUUAUUUGAGUAAACUGAUAGCCCAAUAUGAAGACACCAUUGCUCAACAAUACAUUAGGCAUGCUGCACCAAAUCAAAAAAGAUGUUAACGCAAAUACCGGUAAUCAUUAUAUGAUAAUCAUCGGUGAAACAAUAUGUCGGAUUCCUAAACAAACCAUCAGCGAUAAGGUUCCACAGAAGUAGUAACAGCACACCACCUUGAGGACAUCCACAGACACUCAGUUUCUCUAUCUCUACUCGUCUUAACAAUGAACACAGAGAUGUCGGUUGUUAAGCAUUGCGUGUAUCCAGCUCGUGAUAUAUGAAGGAACUCGUGCUGCUUCCAAAUUGGAUUCGAAAGACAUGUUGUCAAAAGCAUCUUCAAUAUCAAGAAAAACACCUAAACUUGAUUGCUUUUGCGGAAAACUUUUUUCAAUGUUGUAUAGAACAUUGUGUAACAGAGUGGUAGUAGACUGCCGCCGCUGAUAUGUAUGUUGCAUAGCGUGAAGCGGGUGCUUGCCCAAACUAACAUUCCGAAAGUAGUGGUCGAUUAAACGUUCCACUGAUCUGAGAAGAAAGGAUGUAAGACUGAUCGGUCUAAAGCUCUUUGCCUCCUCAUAAGUAACGCGAUCACCUUUAGGAAUGAAUUUUAAAAUUAUUUUCCGCUACGCGAAUGGAAUAUAACCUGUUGUAAAACUACAAGUAAAAACUUUUUUCAAGAUAUGCUUGAACUGUUCAUAUCUUCUUUGAAGUAGAACCGGAAUGAUUCCAUCGUUUCCUGUAGACCUAUACGGAGUAAUUCUUUCAAUCGCCUAUUUGAUCGAUUCGAUUGUCCCAAUUCUACGAGCAAAUGCCCAAGGAUUGGAACUACCUGAAAAGAAUUCAGGAGCAGUCGUCGGUGAUGGCUACGUACAGCCUGGAAAGUGUGUGUCAAAAAGACAGUUGAAUACUACAUCUUUGUCAGAUAAGUCAGACCAUUGGCAAUUCUAAUAGAACUGAUAUGAAAGUCUUUCGAUUUCGAAAGUAACCUAUUUAAUCUACUAGUCUCGUUGUGCAGAUCGAAGGGCUUUUCGGUGUGGUAUGCGAGCCAACUUAAAUGCCUCCGACUCGUUCCUGCGUCUGCGAUUCCGAGUUUUUCUACAUAACUUUUUUAAAUCGAACAAGUCGGUGUUCUAUCACUCACGGAAUAUGUUUUAUCUACGAUCUCAUCCAAGUCACUUGAAGAUUCAAUCGUUGGAAAAUACACAUGAAACCUAAUCGCCAGUCUUCGUAGAGGUUCCCUUUCGUACAUUUGGGAUUACAAUAUGAGAGAUGUCUUAUAAAAGACGAUGUACUUAUGAUCAGGUAACGACGGUUGGAGCUCGUUGGGUACGAUAAUACCAUCAGAGCAAAGAGUUACAUCUAACACCGCUUCCCUACUAAAUUAUGAAAAUAUUGGUCGAUAUUCUUCAUUAAGUUUAUGCAGAUUUGUACUGCUUAAGUAUUCCAACAAUUCGGUGCCUCUCAAAUUGAUAUUUGAGCUGCCCCAAGUUUUUUGGUGAGCAUUCGGAUCAAUGCUGUUUAUGAGUGUAAACCCAUUUCUGUAUGAUGCAACCCUUUAGAAAUCAUCAGAAGAGUAUAAUUUAUUAUGCAGCAAAUAUGCCGAAAAUGGACGUAUUUCUUGUUUAUGUUAUCAAUGGUCAUAUUGACCGUGACAGCACAAAUAUCGCGAGUUGUGAGGUCGGAUAUAAAACUUGCAUCAAUAGCACUAUUCGCAAGUAGACAUACACGAGGCAUUUCACGUGCAUUUAUCAUACCAGUUUUGUUGAAAGCUACAAAGACUAACCCCGUAGUUUUCCAACAUAGGUGUUUCCUUUAUGGAAAUACAGUUCUUGAACCAAAUCUAGGGAAACUUUUCGUUACUGCACAAGGCGAGAUAGAUUGAUAGUUUGCUGUACGUUUAUGCUGAAGAUUAAUUUUGCUACAGGGUCCGACACUCGAGGUUUUAAUGGUCAUUUGCCUCUUUUCGGGUUAGAAAAAUAUCUUUAGAAAAAUUUCUAACUCCUUGUGUGGGGUUGGGAAUCGAACCCCAGGUAAGCUGCGUACAAGGCAACUGAUUUACCAACUACACUAUGCCCGUGCUCUAAUCAGCUCUCUAUAAAGCAUUUUACCAAAAAUGAACGCAAAAAAAUGAUUUGUGAUGCAAUUCAAAAGAAGGGAGUCACGCUUGCCCGAAAGCGGUUAAAUUCCGAACAUCGUGUUUUCUGACGAGAAUUUUUUUUCAAAUUGAACAAUUCGUAAACUCUCAAAAUGAUAGGGUUUACACCGUUCAUAUAAGAAUUUGAAGUAUCGGUUGCCCACCUGGAGGCUGCACCUGUCACAAAUAAUGGUUUGGGACGCUGUCUCCGCAGAUGGGCGCUCUCUAAUCGUAUUUAUCGACCUGGCGAAAAGUUAAUGCGACAUGUUAUCGGGAGUAUUCUGGAGGCCGUAAGCAGACAAAUAUUUCGGUCGUAAUCCAUGGACGUUUCAACAAGACUCGGCACCGUCUCACAAAGCACGAGGAAUGGCUUUAAACGUUCCAAACAUAAUUUCGACCACAUAAUGGAUCUCGAAAUCACCAGAUGCGAAUGUGCAAUUUUGGAAAGCAAUACCCGAAGAAAAAAAUAAACAGCGUCGAGAAGCAAAGGAAAGCUAUAGUCCGUGAGUGAGCCAAAAUACCGGCAAGUCACAUUCAAGCAUCUUGCAAUUCGUUUUUUGUCCGUCUCAAAGCCAUAGUCAAGACAAAAGAGGUGGUCAUGUCGAGUAAAAGUAAAUUAUUGCUGAACUUUUGAUUAUUUCCACACAUUCACUAUAAAGUAAAUAAAAUUUGGUAUGGACGGUUAUCGAUUUUUUUUUUGGUGAAAAUUAAAACAAACUGCAUUUUACCGGACGUUUCGACCUACUAACAUGUUCAGUCAUCCUCAGCGGCUUAAUGCUAACAACGUCUAUACAAUGAACAAUCACAUUAUCAACUAAGAAAACAAAGCAGUAAAUAAAAUAUAUUUUCCAUGCCGCAUUUACGGUCUUUUCAAUUGGUUACACUUCGAGUGCCAGGCCCUGUACUCUAACUAUACUCGAUCAACUAGAAUAUACCAAAUACGUUGGCUUAUAACCGCCUAUAGCGAACCCCGACAUGAGAAGAAACAAACGAUCCACUGUGUCCUCUAACAUUCGUGUAGUACAGCAAGGGUAGGACCCACAACACUGUGCGACCAGCACAUUUCAGUUCUGCCAGCCAUUCAGUCAUCGGUACGAAAAAACACCUUGACUUGUGGACACCAGUUUUCAGUCGUCUCUUACGCCGUGGGAGUAGGAACCCAUUGGAUCACUUCUUGAUUGCGAUACUUCAACCCGCCGGAUACCACAUUACUCUAAGUUGGUUUUGUCCACAGCCAUAUCUGUUUGUUAGUCGCCCUUCUCGACAUAGGAACAGGAAUCCACUGGAUUAUUCUUUCGCCAAUUUUUUUCGAGAGAUUUUAGUCCGCUAAAUACCGGUGCGCCUUCCCGUUUUCUUCACAAGAAACAUCGCAAAUAAUAUCUAAGUCGCAGUUCUGCAACCUCGAACCGCUUCUCAAAUCUUCUCUUUAAAAUUUACCUGGCCGGUGAUCCAUUCAACGAUGCCACAUACGAAUAGAGUUCCACCUUCGCAGUUCCUGUUUAUUUGAUAGUUUCUUAGGUAUGCUUCUACUCAUCAUUAUCCGUGUUCUAACCCUGUCAGUAUUAUUGCAAAUUUCGAAAUUUUCGGAUUUCCAUAGUAGCGACAUCCGCUCUCCUUUAUGCUCCAGUUUAAUCUGUCGUGCACCCGCCAUCAACACUUUUCACCAAUAAAUGAACGACCGAAAAUAAAAGUUGGAAGGGCUCACCAUACAUUGUAAAAUUUGUUUAAUCCUAUUGCAAUGUAAAAAUUCGCUAUGAACUUCAACAAAGUCUCCAUUGAUCAGCUUCUGGAACGUCACUUUGUUCUGGUAGCAUAGCUUUAAUCAGUAUUGGGAAACACCGGAGACAUCUCCAGGGUGCAAGCAUCAUCAGUUCAAAUACUCUUUCUAGUUCCCAAUCAGAAAUCUUCUUCCUUUUAGAGUUUUUUUUCUGUUGAUUGUUUUGCAUUUUGUCAUAUUGAUCUUCUCUUUAAAUGUGAAUUCAUAAUGUUUAUUUUAACUGGUUUAUAUAUGUAAUGCUUUAUAGCACAAUAAAAAUCGCGAAAGAAUUAAAAAUUGUAUGAACCUCGAUUAAACCAAAUAUAUAAUCUGCACAUUUGUAUGCGAACAAAAACUAAAUCCUGUUGUGUUCUGAGCGUAUAACAAAAAUAAACCAAAAACGUAAAUGGUUUACGAAUCGAUCGAAAUUUUAACUGUAGCUAACUAAAUACUUUGAUAUCUCUGCAAUGUUUUGAUAUUAUAAGCAUAAAAUGAAAUAAUAUGAUGGGUGUUUUACAACACUUUACAAAGGCCACUGCUCCAGAUAACUCAAUCCACAUCGCAAAACACAACAAAAUUUCGACUACUCAAAGUAGGAUAGAAUUUUGAACUACGACUCAAGAUCCAAAAACACACAUUGCAACCUUUCGUCUACACUCUUCUAUUAAAAACAUUUCAGUUACAUUAUAUUAUGUUCCGUAAUUUGACCGCGUCUCAUGUGGAGCUAUCCUCCAAGCCAACAAUUUUUCCUAUUCCUAUUGAAGCGUUGUAACACAUCGUAAGAUAACAAAUCUUCCUCUAUGUACAUUAUAGUUUAGCUGAAAAUUUAUCGAUGUACCAAUGAUACGUUAGUAUAAAUCAGAAAAUGAAACAAAUAGCACUCCUCCACUAAAACCUACAUAUGUACUAGACUUUAAAAUAAUUAGACCGCCGCACGCUUAAACUAACGCUAGCGAAACAAAAAAAAGUAAAGACCCCCACGAAUGCUUUGACCGUUUAGCAACAAUCUAAAACAAUGACCUAACUCAAGCUGCAUUUCUGUUAAAUAUGGUAACCAUCAAAAUACAAGCCUUGCCUUUCUAAUAGAACACCCGUUGUAUUAUAGAGAGUGUAGAAAUUUAAACGGCGAUUUAACUUGCUGCCACUUUGUUCUGCUUGUGGCAUACUUGGCUAGAACAAUACAUCUGUAUAUUUCUUCAGAGGAGCAACAUGAGGUGGCAUAUUCACUUACACCCGCAUAGAUUGUCAGCCAUGCCACGCAAAACCUCUAGAAUCGUACAAAUUCCUCAAAGUAAACAUCUAGUAAAACUGUUAUCAUUCCCGCUGCAGAAUAAAUAAAGUAUCAAAAUUAUAAUAAAAUCUAGUGCAAAUUCACAACAAAACCGACGAUACAACUAGAAAUGAGGAAAAUACUAAAGGGAAAACAAACCUAGCUGCAGAUACAAAAUGUAUAUUUUUAUACUCCUUAUAUAUUGAGCUAGAUGAAAAAAAAAUCAAUAUACAAAAAAAUGAUAUUAAAAUCAUAUAUUUGAAGUCGUAUAGGUAUAGAGCGUAUUCUAGCGAAAGAAACGGCAAAAGGUGUCUGAUGGUCGAAACCAGUUGGCUUCGCUACUAAUUCAACCAAAUAGUAAACUAUUCUUUCGCGUUCCUCACUCGAAGGCUUUUCUUAGAAAAUAACCUAUGUACUAACAAACGAUUUACUUAUGAUUUCAAUAAACAAAAUGUACUAUAUAAACCGAAUGUUACUAUAUUUCUAACUCACCUUAGUUACAACUAACACCAACUUUAUUCGGUAUUAUAAGUUUAAAUAUACAACAGGAUGGCGGAUUCUUAUCCUUGACAGCAUUUGAACAAAAGUUAACCUUUUUAUAAUACGUAUAUUAAAAACCCAGCGGAACCAGACUAAAACAUAUUAGAUCCUUCAAACGAACAAAAAAAAUAAAAUCGUUAAAGAAUCAUACACAAGAUAAGCUAAAUUUUCCCAAAAUUGUAACAAUGUUUUCCGAGAAGCGUGUGUAUAUGUGUAUUUAGUUACAAAGCAAUCGAGCAGCACAGCUCUACAAGUCAACUCACAUGCAGUUUAGCGAAAUUAUUUCCGACCAAAAUGAGUGUAUGUUAUCACAGACAUCAGCAACCAGUGUUUAGUUUUUUAAGAGUAAGAGUUAAUGAUGUAAAAGAAAAAAACAUUUAGUACAUACAUAUAUGCCGACAACGUGUAACACUCUGAUGAUUUGAAUAAAGAAGUAUGUAAAUGAUA